AUGGCAUCCUCCACGCUGCACGGCAAUGGCGAUUUGCAAGUGACAUUUGCUUCUGAAGGAUGGCAAGGUCAACAACAACGACAACGUAUGCUUGUACUUGACUCGUCAUUCAACCCACCUACACGAGCCCAUCAGGCGCUUGUGCAUACCACCGUAUCGCAUUUCGGCCCAGGAUACUUUGACAGUUGUUUGUUGUUAUAUACGACGCGUAACGUGGAUAAGUUGAAUGCUACUGGUGCGUCUACAGAAGAAAGGCUGGCGAUGAUGACCAUGAUAGCGCGUAAGCUUGUCGACAGUGAACACCUUGCAACGGCCGUAGCAGUGACACCGCAUGGCAAAUUUGUCGACAAGGCAACGACGUUGGCACACCAGUGGCCUGAUUGCACACCGUACUUUGUGUUGGGCUAUGAUACCGUGAUACGAUUCCUUGAUGCCAAAUAUUAUUUACCUACACCGCUCAAUGAUGCGUUGGCUCCCUUUUUCAAGCACGCCCAGCUGGUCUGUGCGGAUCGUCCAGGUUAUGGUGAUAUAGAAUCCUUUUGGCAAUCGUGUGUCUACAAGAAUAAAAUGACGCGUGUCGUAUUAUCGGAUCCUGCCAUUGCUCAAUUAUCAAGUACACUUGCACGACAACAAGCUCAUAGCAACGACUUGGAUACCAUCGUAGAUCCCGAUGUAGCUAAUUACAUUCGCGAAAAGCAAUUGUAUUCUUCUUCUAAAUAA